GAAGAAGAAGGUCAAAGUUCACCCGGAAGUUCCCUCGCUUGUUGGUGUGUGGUUACGACACGGAGACUGGAGCACGUUUUCCUUUAAACACAGCUCAAAGCAGCGUCGCCAGAAGAGUCAUUUUACAGAAUAAGUCACCAUGACCUCCUACACUUGCAUCAGCUGCCGAGUGGCUUUUGCGGACGGCGAGGUUCAGCGAGCCCACUACAAAACCGACUGGCACCGCUACAACUUGAAGCGCAAGGUGGCCGACAUGCCUCCCGUCACCGCCGAAAACUUCCAGGAGCGCGUCCUGGCGCAGAGGGCCGCCGCCCAGCAGCAGCUGACGGACGCGGCGGCCACCGAGGGCUGCUCCGUCUGCAGCAAGAAGUUCUCCAGCGCCAACGCUUACCAGAACCACCUGCAGUCCCACAAACACCAGCAGGCGGAGAAGCAGGCCCUGCUGGCCGCCCAGAGGAAGGUGGAGAAGAUGAACGAGAAGAACCUGGAGAAGGGGCUCACCGACGAGAAGGUGGAUAACGACGCCCGGAACGAGGCGCUGCAGCAGGCCCUGAAGGAGGAGAGGUCGAGCCCGGCCAAGCAAGAGAAGGCCGGGACGUCACAAGAAGCGAAGAAGCAGAGGGUGGAGAAGCCAGAGAAACCUCCCAGGCUGAUGUGGCUGGAGGAGCAAGCGAAGCGGCGGGAGAAAGAGGAGGGAGCUGCAGCAGACGACGCUUGGGAGGACGUUGAUGAGGAGGAAGAUGAUGACGAGAUGGAGGAGGAUCUAGAUGAGGAGGAGGAGGAGGAGGAGGAGGAGACGAUGGACCAGGAGGACUCAGGGGCUCCGUCUGACCGCCCCCCCGCUCCCCUGCAGGGCUCCAUCCCCGUCACCGACUGCCUCUUCUGCAGCCACCACUCCAAGUCCCUCAUGAAGAACGUGGCCCACAUGACCAAAGUCCACAGCUUCUUCAUCCCAGACGUGGAGUUCGUCGUCAACCUGAGGGGCCUCAUCCGUUACCUCGGUGAAAAAGUUGGAGCCGGGAACGUGUGUUUAUGGUGUAAUGAAAAGGGGCGUUCGUUUUAUUCGACAGAAGCAGUACAGAGUCACAUGACAGAUAAAAGUCACUGUAAGCUCUUCACAGACGGCGACGCGGCUCUGGAGUUUGCAGACUUUUAUGACUUUAGGAGCAGCUACCCGGACAGGAAGGAGGGAGAGGAUGACGAAGUGGACGACGAAGAGCUGCCUGACGACAAGAACCUGGAGUAUGACGACGACACUCUGGAGCUGACUCUCCCUUCAGGCGCUAAGAUCGGCCACCGGUCCCUCAUGAGGUACUAUAAGCAGAGGUUUGGAGCACAGCGAGCGGUGGUCGUGACCAACAACAGGAACGCUGUGGGCAGAGUCCUUCGCCAGUACAGAGCCCUGGGCUGGGGAGGAGACGGAGGCAACGGCUCCUUCCAUCAAAAACAGAAAGACAUGCAGUACGUACAGAUGAUGAAGUCCAAGUGGAGGCUGAAGAUGGGCGUGAGCAACAACGCCACCAAGCAGAAGCACUUCAGAGCCCAAGUUAUGUUCUAAACUCGGAGCUCAAGGGACUGAAUGUGCAGCUAGAUGUGACCUGGACUGUACAAGUGCAAGUACAAGUAAACGACAUGGACGGAGGCAGGAGGCAAAGCUGUUCACCGCCUCUCAACAGGGAUCGAGGUUUGACCGCUGCAGUAAAAACACAAGAGAAAUCUUAGGUGAAUUACUAAGAGAGUACCUCCAUUCCUAUUUUUUUUUUUCUGCAAAUUUCCACCUUUAAGACUUAAUGUAAUCUAUCAGCUGUGUGUGGGGAAAGCCCUGGUUUGCGGUAAACCUGGGUGAAUGUGCUCCAAUAGAAGCUGUGAUUGACUUAACAAUUUCAAAAUACAGUGUUUGAACAUUAAGGAGGAAAAUUUUCACUAAUGUAACGCGCUGCUUUCUGAACUCAACAGGAAUUUCUUUGUUAUCAUUCAUCAUGAUCAUUCAACCAAAUAAAUGUAUUUCAUAUUUAUUGGA